AAAACGGGUAACACUGCCUAAUUAGAAGCGAAACAGGAGUAAUUAGCUCAAAAUCCCAAAAAUAAUAUAAGAAAAUCCGAUUUCAUUUGAUUUCUCUUCUUCUUACGAUCAAGUCCGCCAUCAAGGGCUAUUGCAUUCCUGAGAUCACAAAUUCCCCACCUUUUGAUGGAAAAAAAACAUGAUUUAAUGGCUUCUUAAUCAUUUCGGGUUAGCUCUCUCAAAUAAAAAAUUGAUUGGCUUCUGAAUUAGUGUAAAGAUUGUGGUUCUGUUGGAUGUUGGGGAAUGAUGAUGGAAGGGUUAGAAAGCGGAUCAGAGUUGCGAAAGGAGCUAGAGAGAGAACGUCGUCGUAUAAGGGACCGUCAGAGAAGGCAGUCUAUGAGCCUUGAGGAGAGAGAAAAGCAUCUGGCAAGACGCCGGAGAAACUAUCAGCUGCGGAGACAGAGAGCUGAAACUGCUCGAUUGAACCCUGCACCUCCGAUUCAACUUCAACAAACGAGCAUUUCUUCGGUUCAAUUGUCCUUGAGCAACGCCGCAACUUGUGUUUCAGAUGUUAGUCCUCACUUUGAUGAUGCUGCUGCUGCUGCUGCGGGGCUUGUCGGAUCCAACCAUGGACAAGAAAGACCAAUGCCGGACACAAGAAGCUGCCAGAGUUUGGAAAUCCCGGCUCACAAGUUAGCUAUUUUACCUGGAAAGGUACGUUUGAAUCGCAUAAAACAUCUGGCACGAGCAAUGAAUGAUCCUGUUGGUGAUGGGGUUGCAGUGGGUGGAAUGAUGAGGGAAAAUGGAGCUUCUGAUUGUUUAGUAUCAAGAGGAUUGCGACUAAAUCGUGUUAAACGUCUUGCUCGGGCACUAAAUCCUGCUGCGCAAGAGACUGUUAGCCAAAGCCAUCAAAGCAUAACAGAAGUAGGUUCAACAAGAAGAAUUACACGAUAAUCACAAGUUUUUGGUAUUAUGUUUAGGGUGAACAUCUCUGUUGUACGACUGAAGACAGACAGCCAUUUUUUAAUCAAUCAUAUACAAAGGUGAAAUUUGUUUGGCUCCUCCCCAGAUUCUUUCAAAUGAAGAUUUAUUGGAGAACAAAGAUGAUUGCAAUAGCAGAGAGGAGCAUCACAGAUGUCGAAAACUCGCUGGAAAAGAGGGUCAGGGAUAUUCAGAAUUAGAAUUGCAUGAUGAUGAGAAGAGCCAUCUGAUGGGACUAGAUUUUUACAUUUCAAGAGAGGGGUGAAAGCAAUAUAUAUAUAUGAUGUUUUGCUCCCUCUCUGCAAAUCCUAUUUCUUGAGCAACAAUAUAGAAUUUGUACAUUUUUUCUUCAUCUUUUAACUGUUUUCCAAUCCCCCUGCCCUCCAAAAUUUGUACCUGACUUUUUAUUUAUUGGUAAUUUUACUAUCACCUCUCUCGCUUCCUUCA